UUUUGCCUGGCAAGUGCUAUUGCUCUCUCGCUCUGAGUCAGCAGCGCCUGUCAAGCGGAGGGUUGUUUUUUUCCUGCCCUGCCGCUCCGCUCCCCACCCCGCCAUCCCAUCCCUCCCGCCAUCAAAACUUCACUUCAACCACUUGCCGUCGCCGUCGACGUCAUCGCAGCCAUACAACAAACCACCGAGACACCACCCCCCCCAAAACCCAAACCCAAACCCAUUUCCAUUUCCAUUCCCAUCCCCAUUCCACCCUCCAGUGUCAUUGGCACUCGCUUACAGUUUUAUUCAGUUUGCCUUUAAGUUGUGCGUUGACUGCGUAAAAUGAACAUAAAGAAAGAAAACAAAACAUUUAAGAUGGUACAAAACCAAACCAAUGGGGCUUGGCAAAUCAGUUGGCGAUAAUUGUCCAUGCUUUUGCCCAUAUAGAAUACAAGAACAACAUAGAAAGCCAGCCCACACCAAGACAAUAAUACAUAAGUGAACUGAGAACCGAGAACCGAGUAUUGCGAACCGCUGAAAAACGUUGCACCCACCACCGCCUCACGCUCACCGCCUCACCGCUCGCCCGCUAGUUUAAAGCUAAUGCCACCGCCCACCACCACUAGAACUACUACUUCCACCACAACCACUAGUACCACCACAACCAAGAAUUAAGAACCAAGAACCAUGAACCACAACCACCAACUACCAGCCUCGACCUGAACCACUUCGCAAUAAAUACCAAAAAAAAAAAAAAAGAAAGUAAUCUGAAAAGAAAGAAAGAAAGGCAGAGCCCAGAUUCCGAGUCCACUUGUCCAAAAUGUCGUCAGUUGAAAAAUACCCAGGCAGAACUCGCAUUGACCACCAAGCAUAUGAGCUUGUGGCUAAAGGUGUCUCCGGCAUCGACUUGUUUCAUGUUGUAACUCGAGGACUUUCGUUUAUUGGCAACAAUAAUGGUCAGCACAACAUUGACAACACUGGCUGCUGGACAAACAACUAGUAGCAGUAAUCACCAUCACCACCACCAUCACCACCAGCAGCAUCAGCAGCAGCAGACUCCGCAACAGUUGCAGCAGCAGCAGCAGCAGGAUCAGUCGCAUCAGCAGCUGCAUCAAACGUUGCAUCAGCCGUUGCCCUAUCAGCGACUGCAGCCACACGCCGCAGCAGCAGCCGCAGCGGUUAGCCAGCAGCGCGGCUUCUACGCACUCAACGGCAGCUUGGAGCUAGACAGCAGCAACAGCAACUCCAACAGCAACAGCAGCAGCAACACCAGCUACCAGCAACAGCAGCAGCAACAGCAACCGCCUUUGAUCCUGUCGCAGGCUCUGCUGUCGCCUUCGCCGCCGCUCAACGAUCAGAUCAGUUUGCUCUUCCCCAAGUGCCGACCCAAGCAGCAGCCGCAACAGCAGCAGCAGCAGCAGCAGCAAUCGCAGCAGCAACAUCAGCCAGCACAGCAGCAACAUGCACAUGCACUCCUCGCGGACAUCGUGAAUCCCAACAGCAACAGCAUCAGGAGCAGCAGCCCAACGGCAGCAAUCGUUGCUGGGGAACGGGAUCGGGAGCCGCUGGCCAGUGUUAGUCCGCCGCCGCCCAAGGCCACGCCCACCAGCACGCCCAGCUAUUACAAGAGCGUGAACAUAAUAACGCAAUCGCCGCCGCCGCACUCAGCCUCGUCGCACUCCUCCGAAUCGCUUUCCUCGGUAACGCCGCGCAUCUCCACCAAUCCCUUCCUGUGCGCACCGCUCACGCCGCCCACACCGCCGCACCACCAGCAGCAACAGCAACAGCAGCAGCCGCAACACCAGCAACAACAGGACACCACGGGCGAGUCAGCUGUGGAGCGGAGCAGGAGCGGAGCGGCUGGCGAGGAGCCCGAUUAUCCCGCCUCCUUUUACUACCACACGGUGGGCGAAAGUAGGCGUGGCACCGGUGGCUACGCGGAAAUGCCAAGAAAACGCAGCGGCGCCCUGCCCGCCAGCAACAGGCAGCAGCAACAGUUGCACAACGGCAAUGGUAGUCAGAAUCCUUUCAUCAAGGAGAACUACUGGGAGGCACCGCCCACAAGAGCCAGCUUGCUGCUCCAUUCGCCCACGGAGUACUCCGAGGAGCAGCAACAGCAACAGCAGCAGCAGCAGCAGCAGCAGCAACAACAGCAGCAGCAACAUAUGCAUGCCUCAGCCAGACGAGCUUACCACCAGCAGCGGGAACAAGUGUAUGGAAUCAGUCAGCGACAGCAGCAGCAACAGCAGCAGCAGCAACAGCAGCAGCAGCAGCAGCAGCAGCAGCAACAGUCGCACAUUUUGCGGGUGGGAAGGAGUCCAGUAAAUCGCAGCUUUGCCCAGCAGCAACAGCAACAACAGCAGCAGAUUGCUGUGGCCAGGAGCAAUCCCUGCGCCGAUGGGCUGACUCCGCUGGCCAGUCACUAUCUUUAUGGCAGCAAGUCAUCCCUGGAUCAGCAGCAAGGCGAUUGGGAGCCGCGGGAGCAGCGCAAACUGCGGCUGCGCGAGGAGCGGGAAAGGGAGAGGGAGCGAGAAAGGGAGCGGGAUCGAGAUCGGGAUCGGGAGCACCUGUUGCUGGAGCAGCAGCAGCAGCAGUUGCAGAUGCAGGAGGUGCAGGCGGCCAGGGACAACCAUCUAAGCCAUUUGGCGGGUCAGCAGCAACAGCAACAGCAACAGCAGCGCAAACGGCAUGUUUACGGCGAGGAGCGGGAAAGGGAGCGGGACAUGGAGCGGGAUCACCGCCUGGUCAAUGGAAACGCAGAUCCCAACGAGAGCUGGCAGCAUCUGCGCGUUACGACCGAAACUUUGGCGGAGGAGGGCGGCAAGCUGGCGGAUAAGGCCCAGCACCAGAUGCAGAGCCUCAGUCUGAACCAAGGUCAGAACCCGGAGGUCAAUGUCUACAGGGAGCACAAGCUGGACGCCUGGAAGCUCGAGCGAAACUACACGCUGGCCGUGGAGUCGCGCCACGGCAUCAUUGAAUACGAGGGCUCGCCGCGGCGCAUUGGGUUGACCAGCAGCAAUUUGGGGCAAGUGACGACUGCAGCGGCAGCGGUAGCAGCAGCAGCAGCAGGGGCAGCAGCGGACGAAAGCGAACCACCAGCAGCGGUAGAAGUAGCAACACCACCACCACAACAACAGCAGCAGCAGGUGCCCAUGGCCACCGUUCCACCGCUGAGCUCCACGGCCACCUCGCUGCAAAAGACGGCGGCCCGGGCAGCACUGGCCGCCCUUGCCCAGAGCCACCCCCACAACACCCACAACAUCCUCAGCUCCCUGCUCCCGAGCUCGGGCAACCCCAACCCACUGAAUCCCAGCCAGAUCCAGAUGCACUCGCCGCAGCAGCCCAUGCAGAACUAUCCCGUUCGUCCGGGCUUUCCACAGCGCAUCAUCUCGCCGCCGAAUCGUGAGCCCCGCAGUAGCUCUCCUCCGCUGCAGCAGCAGCAACAGCAACAUCAGCAGCAACAGCAACAUCAGCAGCAGCAACAGCAGCACUUUGCCAGUCUGAUGAGCAAUCAUAGUAACAACUCGAACACCAACAAACAGCCGCUGAGCAGCGACAACAACGCGGAGGACACCAGUAACGAUGUGUCCGAGAUUGGCACCAUAUCCGACCUGACCACUCCGGAGGCCGUGGGUCUGGGACUGGCCAUUGGAGCCGCUGCCGGCGAGGUUGCUAGCCGGGCGGCCACGCCACCGCAGGCACCACCGGUAUUGGCAUUGGCACCACCGACAGCAGUGGCGGGCAGCACUGCCAAUGGAACCGGAAAUGGAAAUGGCACCGCAACCGGAAAUGCAACAGCAACGGGUCCGCUGAGCCUGCACACGAAAUCGUCGACCUUCGAUUACCUCUACGAGUUCUCGGAGACGCGCAAGGUGCUGGAGGAGUUCUUCAAGUGUCCCUCCACCGACGAGCAGCCCAUCAUGGAAAACGGCAGCGAUGUGGACAGCAUUGAUAUCCAGUACGAGUUCCACAGCAACUUUGAGCGAGAUGAAGAGGAUCUGGCUGAGGAGGAGGAGGCCGAGGACGACGAGGAGGUCGACGACGAUGCCGACGAGGAGAACGACGAGGCCGAGGAUGAGGACGAGCCGUUGGGUCAGGAUCGCGACCAGAACUACCGCCAGCAGGCGCCUCCCACCGCCGGCCACGCCUCCGAACGACUCGUUUACGGGGGCGUGGGCUAUGGCCAGCAGUCGCAGCCCCAACUGACCGCCCAACCGAUGGGCGUGGGCGUUGGCAUGGGCGUGGCACGGCGGCACUAUAGCGGCAGUCCGCUGAUGCGGGACUUCGACUUCUUCCUGGACUCCACCAGUCGGAGCAGCGGCGAGCGGGACUGCGAUCAGGAUGGGCUCAAUCACAACCAGCUGCUGAGCACGGGCAGCGGACAUGGCGGAGGCGGGGGCGUGGGAGUGGGCGUGGGUCCGGGCGGAGGACACAACUACCGCUACUCACCGGAGACCACCGACUAUGACUCCAACUGCGGCGAUCUGGACAGUCUCUCGGGUGAGAUGAACGGCGGUGUGUCCACCUCCUGCUCGAACUACGCCAAGUACUAUGCCUCGGCCAUGCCGGUGCUGGAGGAUGGUCUCUCCUCGGGUCACACCAGUGACACCGAGAACAACAACAACAACCAGAAGAACCUGCAGCAGGCGGUGGUCAGCCAGGGCCAACAGUGUCCCACCAGCCUGAGCGGAAGCACCAGCAUCGGCGGCAGCGGAGGCAUCUCCAUGCUGAUGGACAUGAAACGCGUCUCGACGAACAACAGCCUGAACAGCAUGCACAACCUGACCACCACCGCCUCCACCACGGACAGCAACGGCGGCAUGGCGGGUCACCACCUGGUCGCCACGCCCAGUCCCAGCAAUGGGCAGUCGAAGGGUCCGCAGGCCAAUCAGGCGCAAUCACAGCCGAAGACUCUGUCUCUGGACCAGAGUCCCAGCAACCACAGCAAAGUGUUCAAGAACAUUGAUCCGGAAUUGGAUUCGCUCUACUCGAUUGGAGUUUUCCACCGCCCGGACACGGUGCAGAUGACUCCGCCGCCGCCCGCUCCGGCGCCACAUCGCAAGCCCAACAACAGUGGCAGUGCCAACGCCGUUGUCAACACCAAUGGCAACAUGGGCGGUGGCAACAACGAUGUGGAUCUGCUGCAGCCGAGCAGCAAGCACACUCCAUUGGCGGCGGCCAUCAGUUCCACGCUGCAGCGCAGCUCACCCACCUCGACGGUCACCGGAAAUGGAAUCGGAAUGGUAACCGGAAGCGGAAGCAAGCCCCGCAGCGCCGGCAGCAACUGCAGCAGCAGCGGUGGCAAUGGGGGCGUGCCACCGCCCAUUCCGGAGAGGACGAACCUCGUCUCCGCCUCGCAGAGAUCCCCAUCGCCGGGUCUCAACUCACCCGUCUGGCUAUCCCGUCAUCUAGACGGCGGCGCUGGCAAGGAACUGCUGGAGUCCGGUUCGGAUAAUCACUCAAAGAACCACAGUGCCGACGAGGAGGACGUGGACACCGACCUGGAGACGGAUCGCCUGCUGGGCCACCAGCGGCUGGACGAUCAGGGCUACUACGAUGAGAACAAGAGCUGGGACCGCAAGCCGCGCUCGCUGCUCUCGAAGAUCUCGCCCAAGCAGCAGAUACCGAGCACCAAGACGCGCAAUGGCUACAAUGCGCUGCUCAGCUCCACGCCCGAGUUGCCGCCCCCGAUUCCGCCCAAGGGCCAGUCCGGCCUGGGAUUGGGUCUCACCCUGGGCUCUGGCAAUGGUGGCAAGCUGUUGGAUCUGGUGGGUGGCAUGGUGCAGCGCAGCCUGUCCCGCUCGUCCUCGGAGCACAGCGAUAAGUCGCCCAGCAAGUUGGCCAUGCCCAUUUCUGGCGGAGAUCUGUGUGCAGCCGGCAGCGUGGAUGUGGUGGCCUCAGCGGUGGCGGCCGCAUCGGCAGCGGUGGUCAGCACACCGGCGCUGGGUAGCCCGGGAAAUGGAGGUGGAUCGGAGAGAUCGACCGGCGGUGGAUUGACCCAACCCGGGGGAGCAGUGAAGAUAGUUGGUGAGACGGAGAAUGGAGCCCUCAAUGGGGGCACACUGGCAGCGCCACCGCUGGCAGGAUCGGCAGCUGGAUCGGGUGGAGGAUCGGGGACAGGUUCUGGUACUGGAUCGGGAUCUGGAGCGGUGGCCAAUGGUACCGCCGUGGUCAACAGCAACAGCAACAACAACAACAACGGCAGCGGCAGCAACAACAAUAGCAGCGGCAGCAACAGCAACAGCGGCGAGAAAAAAGUGAAAAAGAGUAAGAGCAAAGAAGGCGGCGCAGUGCUCAUCGAGGGCGUUCUCUUCAGGGCCAAGUACUUGGGCUCCACGCAGCUGGUCUGCGAAGGUCAGCCCACGAAAUCGACGCGCAUGAUGCAGGCGGAGGAGGCCGUUUCCAGGAUCAAGGCGCUGGCACCCGAUGGCGAUGUGCAGCCCAGCACCGAGGUGGAUUUGUUUAUUUCGACGGAGAAGAUCAUGGUCCUGAACACGGACCUCAAGGAGAUCAUGAUGGACCAUGCCCUGCGCACCAUCUCCUAUAUUGCGGACAUCGGUGAUCUGGUGGUUCUGAUGGCCCGACGUCGCUUCGUUCCCCAGGACAUCGAUGAUGCCCCCAAGCCGAAUCGCACGCCCAAGAUGAUAUGCCAUGUGUUCGAGAGCGAUGAGGCCCAGUUUAUUGCCCAAUCGAUUGGUCAGGCCUUCCAGGUGGCCUACAUGGAGUUCCUCAAGGCCAAUGGGAUCGAGGACCAUCGCUUUGUCAAGGAGAUGGACUACCAGGAGGUGCUCAACAGCCAGGAGAUCUUCGGCGACGAGCUGGAGAUCUUUGCCAAGAAGGAGCUGCAGAAGGAGGUGGUGGUGCCGAAGUCCAAGGGUGAGAUCCUCGGAGUGGUGAUCGUGGAGAGCGGCUGGGGAUCCAUGCUGCCCACCGUGGUGAUUGCCAAUCUGAUGAGUUCGGGAGCAGCCGCCCGAUGUGGUCAGCUCAACAUCGGCGACCAGUUGAUAGCCAUCAACGGGCUGAGCCUCGUGGGCCUGCCGCUCUCCACCUGCCAGACGUACAUCAAGAACACCAAGAACCAGACGGUGGUCAAGUUCACGGUGGUGCCCUGUGCCCCCGUCGUCGAGGUGAAGAUCAAGCGGCCGGAGACCAAGUACCAGCUUGGAUUCAGCGUUCAGAAUGGAGUGAUCUGCAGUCUCCUGCGUGGCGGCAUUGCGGAAAGGGGUGGUGUUCGUGUGGGUCAUCGCAUCAUCGAGAUAAACAACCAGAGCGUGGUGGCUGUGCCCCACGAGAAGAUCGUCAACUUGCUGGCCACAUCAGUGGGAGAGAUCCUCAUGAAGACGAUGCCCACGUCCAUGUUCCGCCUGCUCACUGGUCAGGAGAAUCCCAUAUAUAUUUAAGCCUGCGGGAGAAUAAUAAACGGCGAUUAUUGUUAACUAUAAAAAAAACCUUACAAGGAUAUUACCAUAUUAAGUAUAUAUACCUAUUCAUAUAGAAAGAUUGAUAGAGAGAGAGUAAAUAUAUGUAUGUAUAUGCGUGUGUACCUAUAUAUAUAUAUAUAUUGAUAUAUGCUUAACAUAUAUAUUACACACGAGUGUAUCGAUUUUUUUUUGUGAGUAAACUAGACAAAGUUCGAUCGGAGGCGAGUUAAGAGCAGCUACUACGACAAAUAAGAGGAAGCGAUAACUAACACACAUGGCACGCCUUUUUGCAAAGCUUAGUAAUAAUAGUUAAUAAUGUGUGUGACAUCGGGCCAUCGGCCAGUACAUACAUAUAUACAUAAAUAUAUAUAUAUAUAUGAACACAAUGACCUUUUUGCGAAAACGUCCUUAGCUUAGUUGAACGGCGACAUUAGUCAAGGUAUACUGAAGCUAGUAACGACCCCGAUAUAUAUGCUUACCCAUACUUAUUGUAAAAACCAACAAAAAAAAGAACAGAAAUCUAACAACCAAAAGACCCAAACGAGAUUCAAAUACAGACAGGAGGCAGGCAGCUCUUUUGAUAUAGUAUAUAUAAUCCACACACUAUAUAGCACCACCCCCAAAAAUAUAUUUAUAUAACAAAAUAGAGGGCGGAGAAGAAUAGAAGGCUUGAGGCAGAUAGGAAAUGGAUAUGGAAAUGGAAAUUGAUAUUGUAACUGCAGCGUUUCGUUUUCUACUCGCACCCAUAGCCGAGAAUUUUGAUAGUUAUUUAACGGAUAUAGCCAGAUCGUAAUGUAUGCAAAGUGUAAAUUGAGGAGCGCUUUACACCCCGCCACAAAUACAUAUUCCCCCCAUAGAGGAUUUAGUUUAGCAGACACCUACACUCACACUCACUUAGACGCUUCGAUUUCAACCAUCUUCGUCCAAAAAUUGUGCUACUACUCGUUAAACAAGUUGAUAGAUAUAGAGACAGAUUAGAAAGGGAUAACAGGAGGGGGAGAAAAGAGAGAGGGAAGGCCGGUGAAGAAAGAGACAGAGUUAGACCCCCGUUAUAAGCCAUAAUAAUUAGAAAGAGACGGGAUAGAACCAGGAAAGCUUACAACAAACAUAUGUAUGUAUGUACACCUAGACCCGCAUUUUAGAGCUACAUACGUAGACUAGACUCGAACAGAAAGAGACGGCAACAGGAACAGAAAUAUAGACAGACAGAAAGGGAGAAUUGCAUUUCUUUGUGUGUAUAUGUAUGUGUAAAAUACUCGCUAUUGGCCCCAAAUGCAAUCCACAAGCAAGCGGCAUCAGCAGUCACUAAGAGAACUAUUAUUAACUACCAGUACGAUUUAAUUAUGUAACGGCAACGGGGCAUUUGCUUGAUGUUUGUGAAUUGAACGACUUUUCGGCCUCAUUUCCGCUGCUUGGCAAGGGCCACGCCCACGCCCACCAAAAAUCUAAAAAAAA